AUGUUUCGGAAGCAUGCCAGAUCACGGGAAGUUUCACCACAUACCUAUUCGAAGCAUGUUACUCCGAUGAUAGUUGCAAGUAUUAAUUCGCCGCAAACGCCUUACAUUUUAUCACCAUUAAAACCAUUGAGUCGAUUAAUAGACAAACCUGUUCCAAAGUCACAACCAAGAUCUCCAAGAGAUCCUUCACCAGAAAAAGAGCGCAGUAGAUCAGUUGAAAAACGAAAUACUUCACCACCAAGAGUUCAAGACAUAAUUAAUCCAAAAGAAGAAAAAGUAUCGAUUAAAGAGUCAAGGUUAGAAAGUAUGGUAAAACAAGAUGCUGAAAUUGAUGAAUAUUUCAUAAAAUUAGGUUCUUCGAAAUUACUGAACGAAGCAAUUGAAUCUUUUCUUGAAGAAAGGAUCUCCAACUCAAAAGUAAUCUUUUGGGAAGAAAUUGCGUCAUUACAGCUCUUAUAUAGCUUCAGAAUGAAAAGAUAUUCUUCACAUGAAGGAACAACAGUUGGCUUUGCAUUCUCAUCACGCGAAUUAGUACAAAUUCCACAUUUGAAGAACCACCCGUCUUACAAUGCAGAAUUUGAUGGACAAAUUGCAAAUCCAGAUUCUCGCGUCGUAUUUUUCCCAUUAAAUGAUUCAAGCGGUAAUUUAAUUGGUAUUGUCCAAAUUCUACUGAAAGUUAACGAUCGUCUUUUAGAAUCUCAAAUAAAUUUCAUAAAUCAAUUCCAAAAGAAAUUUACAGCAUUUAGUGAAUGGAUUCUCAGUUAUACAAUACCAGAACAACUCAUUGGUGAAUUCUCACAGCUCCUAGAGUUCGAGCAAUUUUUAGUUGCAACUCAAUCAAGAUUACAUUCACUUUUCAGAGCAAAACGUGUCGAACUAUGGAUAUAUCAUAGAGAUACAGGUAAAAUACUCAGAUGCACAGACAAAAUCGAAGAAAUAAACGAUAAAAAGAAAGGAUUUGUUGGAAAUGCCAUUACAAAAGUCCAAUUAAUACAUACUCUCGAUGUAAUGAGAGAGCAGACAUAUAAUGUAGCUGUAGAUGGUAGCGAACAUGAAGCAGUUUUCGUUCAACCUUAUGAUAAUCAGAAUGAUAACAGAGUUUAUGCAGUUGUUUUACGCGGAAACAUGAGAGAUGAGAUAUUCUCACAUCGUGAUGAGGUUCUCCUUAAGAAAAUCGGACCUUAUGUCAUGACAUCGUAUCGAAAUGCGGAAAAGUUCAACAAUAGGAAAGAAAAAGACUUCAAUCCAAUCAAUUCUCUUACAGAGUCGCUUCCUAAAGCUAACCAAGUCAAGCGCGGAGAAGUUUUCCUUCAAUCAUUGAUGAAUGCCUUAGCCCAAAUCACCAAAUCCGAGCGAGUCCUGUAUUUCAAGGUUGACCAUGUUGCAAGGGAAGUCAGAUCCAUUUACAUCACCGGAAAUGAGCCCCCAAUAACUUAUAAUCUUGGCCAAAACCACGUUGGCAUUGUCGCCGAGACUGGGCAGCCAAUCAACUGCUCAGAUGCCCAGAAAGACAAAGACGCGGACACUGUCUUCGACUCAGUACUCAGCCGACAGACCAAGACGAUACUCACAAUUCCGAUCGUUUCCGUUGAUGGAAAAAUUUCCGCUGUUAUACAGUUAAUCAACCGCGGCGAUGGUGAGCCUUUUUCGAAAGACGAUGCAGACAUGGCCUCUGUUGUUGGCACAAUCUGUAUUUGUCUUCUAGAGAACUCCCAAUUGCUCAGAGGAAACAUUGCAAUGAGAGCAUCGAUUGAUUCCGCUGUCAAAUUGAUCAACUCAAUUUUCACAUCGAAAUCGACAAAAGAAGCAUUUGAUGCUUUCACAGAUCUAACCAAGACAGUGACAAACACUUCUGAAUGCAUUGUCUACAUGUUAGAUAAAGUUUCCGAGAGAUUAUAUGAUUAUUUCGACAUCGACAAAGAAGUUCUUCCAAAAGAAGGACCAAUCAGCGAAUGCAUGAAGCGCUGUAAGCCACAGUUCGUCAACGAUGUCUCCAAAGUAUCGCAGCCUUUGUUUGACAAAGGAAUAACAAGAUUGUGCUGUUCUCCUUUGCUUUCUAACAUGAGUUCUCCAAUCGGUGUUGUUAUCAUCACAAACGGCUCAAUUUUUACUGAUGUAGAAAGCAAUUUAUUGGCACAUUUAUGUAACAUCUUUUCUCUUUAUUUACAGAGAUUGAUUAAAGAGAAAUGCAUUGAAGAAGGUCCUCUUAAAUCGGACAUUGAUAUGUUGAUUUCUGUUCAUGAAAGGAAAGCAUAUAGUAUUCCAUCGAUUAUCAAACCAACAAAUGAACAAAGCGAUGAAUACAAAGGCAUCAGAUUCAAAGCAUUUUCUUUGGAUGAUGCUGAUGUAAUGCGUAUUUUGUUCUUUGCGUUUGAUAAUCUUGGAAUCAUGAAUUCAUUGAAGAUAACAGCUGAAACUGUUUAUUCUUUCAUCUCUAUUUUUAAUUCUAGUUUUGUUGAAGGAGUUGCUUUCCACAACAAAUUACAUAGUUUAGAUUGUAUCCAAUUCUUUAUGUUUAUGAAUCAAUUAGGAACUCUCGGACAGGUAUUAAACGUUGUAGAAAUGCAUGCAAUCCUUGCUUCGAUAUUCUGUUAUUCCAUGAAACAUGAUGGAACAACAGAUAUCUACAAUGAACAUGCAAAUACAAUUAAUUACAGAGUUUUCGGUCCGAAAGUUUUGUCUGCAAGAGCAAGAGCUACUUUAUUAGAUAUAUAUUCAAAGGAAGGAAUGUUAGGAGAAAUGAGCCAAAAUGAUAAAAACUACUUCUGGAAUGUUUCUACGACAUUAUUACAGUCAAUUGAUCCAGCUGAUAUACAGCCAUUGAUCAAUAAACUUAAGGAAAUCGUUAAGACAUCACUUGUGGAUUUGACAAAUACUGAACAUAGAUUGAUAAUCAUUGAGUUGAUAUUUAGAGCUGCAAUUAUAGGAUGGACUGUCAGACCGUUCGGAAUCUCUUCUAGAUGGCAAGAUUUAAGAGCACAAGAAAGUUUCGCUCUUGGAGAAAAAGAAAAUUCGCAAGGUUUAGUUUAUUCUUCACCUAUGAAUUCGCCGGAUUUGUAUGUAAGACCUAAAUCAGCUAUUGAUGUUCUUGUAAAUCAAUCAAUGCCUUUGUUCGAAGCACUAAGCUUGGCUUUCACAGAAAUGAAGAGUCUACUUGACGCUGCUGUGGAAAAUAAGAACGCUUGUGAAGCAGAAGCAGAAGCUCUCAAUAGACAAUGA